UUGACUGUACAUAAUGUAUGUAGCCUAGUUGCACAGUUGAGGUUGCAGUUCCUCAUUGUCAUUACGAAAAUAUUUCUUCAAAAACGACAGUGAAAAGGAAACUGCAUGAAUCCCUGAAGUUUGGAAUUCGUGUAGGAUAGGUUUCAGCCUGCCCUUUUGAGAUGGAGGACGAACAUGUACAUGUACUUCAAGUUCCAGCCCCAGAUGAACCGGAGAAGCCUUACGUUUGUGAUAUCUGCGGCAAGGCGUAUCUGCACUCCAGCAAGCUGGCCAUUCACCAACGUGUCCACACUGGGGAACGACCCUACACGUGCACAAUCUGCGGCAAGGGCUUUAUUGAAAAGGGCAGCCUCAAAAAACCACCACCGCACCCACUCCGACGAAAAACCGCACGCAUGUGACAUUUGUGGAAUGGCGUACACCCGCAAGAGUAGCCUCCUAGUCCACACACGGGCCCACGAGGGCGACAAACCGUUCAUCUGUGGAUUGUGCGGUCGCGCAUUUGCGCAGCAGAGUGAUCUGGACAAGCAUAAGCUUUCGCACACCAACAGCCGACCUUACAAGUGCGAAGUGUGCGACAAAGCGUUUGACUUUCGCAGCAAGCUUGCGACUCACAAGCGGAUGCACAGUAGCGAGAAGCCGUUUAGCUGUGAAAUCUGCGGCAAAGCGUACUCGCAACGGAGCAGUUUGAACAAUCAUCGAGCUACCCACACGGAGGACAAACCCUACACGUGCGACAUCUGCAACCGGGCGUUCAGUCGAAAAACGCACCUUGUGUCCCACUGUCUCACUCACUCAUUCGUGUGCGGAAGUUGCGGCCGAAGCUUCUCUCACGAGAGCGACCUCAGCAAACACCAGCUGACUCACGAGAAGCCGUACAGCUGCCAGUUCUGCGGGAAAAACUUCAAACACUCGAGCAAACUCGCAGCUCACAAGCGGACUCACACCGGCGAAAAGCCGUUCAUUUGUCAAAUCUGCGGCCGGGGUUUUUCGCAGCCUGGCAGCUUGAAAGCACACCAAGUCACGCACACUGUGGAAAAAGCGUACGAGUGUGACGUGUGCAGCAAAGCCUUUAUCAAUCCUAAAAAAGCUUGCCGCUCACCUACACAGUCACUCCGGCGAAAAACAAUUUGUCUGCGGAAUUUGUGGCAAAGCCUUCCUGCACCGAAGUGAGCUCCUCAACAAGCACUAUCCAACCCAUAAUCAUGAGGUGGACACUGUGGACCAAAAUCCAAAAUCUCAACCUCCAAAUUUAUGCUAAUUUAUUCAAUUUUUUUUUUUAUACUGAAGACUAUAAGUUUUAAAGUCUUUAAGGCC